UCAGUUUCAGUCUAAAAUUCUAACACAGCUGUUCGAGUGAGUUUUAAUUUGCAUAAGAAUAUCGUGGUGCUUGCAUAAUUAAGUGAAAGUGGAUCAGAACUGGUCAGAAACCGCAUUUUUGGUUGCAGUAUUAAUAUUAUUUAAAUUAGAAUAUUGCGAUGAAGGCACAAAAUAAGUCAAAUGCCGUCCUAAAAGUUCUAAUUUUGGCAAUUUUGAUGACAAACUUGGUAUCAUCACAACAACUUACUGGUACAUCAACCAACAAUUUGUUCAAUGUGCUUCUUAGUUAUCUUAAUGAGCCAAAUGCACAAGGAGGAAUCAGAAUUCAACGAAUGUCAUCAACAACGAAAGCUAUAGAAGAAAAGGAAUCAGCUGAAGCAUCAACAAUUCAACAGAGUAACUCAAUUUAUCAAUUUCCAGUGAUUAAAAUUACUGAUGCUAAUUACACACAAUUUGCCAAUCAGCAUGAGUGGAUUUAUGUCAAGUUCUUUACUGAUUGGUGCCCACACAGCAAAAAAGUCAUUCCAGCAUGGCACGAAGUCUCUUAUCGUCUCUCAUCAACACCAAUUGCUGUUGCUGAAAUCCAAUGUGAGGUUGACGAUACAUUGUUGUGUGAAAAAUUCAAGGUUGUUGCAUAUCCGUCAUUUAAAUUGCUUAGAAAAGGUGUAAUUAGACAAGCUUUGAUUGGAGAGAUUAAGGAUGCCAGCAGACUUGUGAAUGAAGCUUGGAAGGUUUAUUUGAAGGAGGGCAGAAGUGGAUAAAUGGCAAGGGUGUGGAUUUUUAAUUCGAAGGGGUUUAAACCCUCAAAGGAGGUUCUUAAACUACUUUGACUACACUUUUUUCACUCUAUUAAGUUGAAUGUACGAUUUUUUGAUUAAAUGCUAAUAAAAC